UUUGCUCACUGUUAACCGCUAACAGUGAAGCAAAAUGUUAAUUUCUGCCACUUUCCACACUUGUUUUUAUUAUUAAUUACAACAAAGCAACAAGCAAAGUAAAAAAUGGGUAAUGAAGGCAGUAAAUUAAAAGGCCUAGUAAUUGAUAAAAAUGCCGUGGAAGUGAAUGACUUUUGGGCGCUCUACAAUGCCGAGUCACCAACGCUGUGCAAUAAUGAAGAAGGAGGCGGCGGCCAAUUGCUCUCAAUAUUCAAGGGUGAAAUACUGGUGAAGGGGCAACUAUGGGUGGUCCAGGGCCCCAUGGAGCGGGCGAUAAAGAACCUUAUGAUCUAUCGCCAUCCGUACAUACUUAAAUAUAUGUCCACUUGGGAGCAGUCAGGACAAAAGCAUUUGGCCACGGAACGUGUGCGUCCGCUAAGCGAUGUGCUUUCCCAACAGAGUGACAUACAAAUAUGCCUCGGCCUGCGCACCAUACUUUGCAGUUUGAUUUUUCUCAUCGAGAAAGCGCUUGCCAGGCACUUGAACAUUUGCACACAGUCUAUCUAUGUGACGGACAAGGGCAGCUGGCGUUUGGCUGGCUUUGAGUAUGUAUGGAAGGCCAAAGAGAUGAACAAACAGCUGCUGGAGCUGGCGCAUGGCUUUCGCCAGCCGCUAGCUAUUGAUCCAGCCAAUAUCGAACAUGGCUUGGAGCAGUUUGCCUUUGCGACACUUUGCGAACAGAUACUGGCGAAGAGUAGCGCUGGUCAAGCAGAAAAAACGGCCACAGCUGGCACACCACAUGUGCAGGAAUUUCGCGACUACUGCAGCACUCAUCUAAAGCAUCAGACAACAGAGCUGCGUCCCAAACUGUCGGCUGUUCUGUUGCAUCCGUAUUUUAAUCACGAGUUUGUGCUCAUUCAUUCCUUCCUGUUCGAGCUGCCACUGAAAUCGGUGCAGGAACGCCAGCAAUUCUUCAGCACACUCAUCGAGCGUCUGCGCUGCUUUGAUGAGCAAGUGGUUGCUUCACAGCUGGCUAGCGAUCUGCUCUCCCGCAUGGUCCUGCUCGAUCCCACCGCCCAACACAGCGUGACGCCAUAUGUGCUGCGCACCAAGACCGAUAAUGCCGGCGCUGCAGCGCUUUUCUCGCCUCAAACGUAUGUGGAGUAUUUAUUACCUCACGUGCUGAAGAUGUUUCGACUGCGUGAUGCCCAAAUCCGUCUCAUUCUACUUGACUAUUUUAUGGAGUAUGUGCGUUUGUUGAGCGACGAGCAGCUGCUCACUGAAAUACUGCCGCAUCUGCAGCUGGGCAUGAACGAUACCAACGAUGUGCUGGUGGCUAAAACACUGCGUUCGCUUGCCGAUCUUGUGCCCAUUUUGGGUGCAGCCACUGUGCUUGGCGGUGAUCGCAGACGCUGCUUCUCUGAUGGACGACCACAUGCUGCCGUUUCCAGUGAGAGUGCGGCACAGUGGACGGAGCCUCGAUCUAUAACGCCUCUCAUGAAUGGCAGCGCUGUGGAUGCUGUUGAUUAUAUGGUGUCGGGCAGUCCGCUGCCCUCCGUGGAAAGUAAUGCGGCACCAAUGUCACUUCGCUUGAGUCCUGACGGCGGCGAGGAUGACAGGAGUCUCACAAAUCUUAACGAGAAACCCCUAGAUAGUAACUCCGACUCUGCGGACAGCACGACGAGCAGUGCUGCCCAUGAACAGACGCUGGUCAAUGAUGAGGAGGAGGCGUGGUCCGAUUGGGAGAACACCGAUGAGCUGCAGCGUUUGCAUGUCAAACAGCAGGAGGAGGCUUUGGACGAGCUGAAUCUAAGCAAUGUGGAAACACAGAGCAGCACCUCAACACAGGCCACACAACCCUCGAUAGCCGACUCCUUCCGCACUGCCUGCUCCAACCUUUCCACAGUCGCAACGACGACCAAAGCCGCUCCCGUCGUUGUGAACAACCCGCCACAGUCGCAACGCAAGCUCAUUGAUGAUCUCAGUGCGCUGGACAUUCAAGUCCAAUUGACAACACCGAGCAACACCACCGAACCAGCUGAAUUUGAUUUCUUCAAGGACAUGGAACCGGUCAUCGAGACAAAGUCAACGCUGCCUGCCAACGACUCUGAGGUUGUGCAAAUCGAUGUGAGUCGCUUUGCGGCAUCGGCAUCGCUGGCCAACGGUCAUGACACAGAUGCCGAGGCGGAUCAGGGCUGGGGACAUGAUGAGGAUGAUGAAGAUGAUGUCGUCUGGGGCAAUGACGCGGAGCCCGCCGUCAGCGUCUCUUAGUAAUUGUAGCGAACUAAUCUACUCAGCCCGAUAUACAAAUAGUACAUACACACAUGUUAGUGUCACUCUUCGUCGCCAUUUCUUGUUCCACGUUCCAUGUACCAUGUACCAACCACCAUUAGCGACACAAUGCAUUUCUCCCGGUCACGAUCUGGGCUUUAAAUUCAAACAAGUACACAACUCUGUACAUAAAUAUGCUCGUGUCGGUAUGCAAUAAAUUCCAAUACGCCAGCGCCGCGUAUAAUUGUAUUAUAUGUAAUCAAUA